AUGGAAGAGUCAUGGUCGUCGGGCGGGGCGCCGCUGCUGCGCACCAGGUCGCUGCCGCUGGUGCUGGAGGCGGCGAGCGGUGCGCCCGCGCGCCAACCCAAGCUCGACCCGCGGCAGCUGCUCACGCUGACGCGCCACUACUACCCCGAGGGCGGCUGGGGCUGGGGCGUCGCGGCGGCGGCCACGCUCGUCCAGCUCCUAGCGCACGGGCUGCACCAAGCCGCCGCCGUGCUCGCCGUGGAGGCGGUGCACCGCUUCGGGCCCGAGGUCCGAAUGCAAGCAGGUUGCUUGGGGGCGCUGUCGGUGGGGGUUGCAUUAGCCCUGUCUCCGGUGACGGUAGCCCUAUGCGUGCGCAAGUCGACGCGCGUCACGGCCGUGGUGGGUGGUUUAGUUGCCGCGCUGGGCUGCCUGUUCACGUCCUUCGCCACGCAGUUCCACCAGCUUUUCUUCAGCUACGGGACCGUGGUCGGUGUUGGUGUCGGUCUGACGAGGGACUGCUCCACGCUGAUGGUAGCUCAGUACUUCAAGCGGCGUCGCGAACUGGUCGAGAUAUUCAUCGUGAGUGGCAGCGGCCUCGGCAUAGCGGUAAUGUCCACCUUCAUCAAAGGCGCCAUCAGAGCUAUCGGAUGGCGACUCGGAUUGCAGGCAGUCACGGGAGUAGUCUUUGUAACUUUCAUACUAGGCACGUUCUACCGCUCCGCUUCCCUAUACCAUCCCCAACGUCGUGCCAUUCUACAUCUUAAGAAUCAAAACAAGAUCAAGAGGAAAAUGAAGGACAAGAACAAAUCGGACGACCGGCAACCCUUCUUCGACUUCUCCACGCUGCGAUCGAAAACCGUCAGGAUCCUAUUAAUGUCUACCGGCAUAUCUGCUUUUGGAAUCAACACACCGAUAUUUUACCUGGCAUACCACGCGGAAGAAGAAGGGCUGGGCGACACUGCGGGACUCUUGCAAGCGUACUUGGGGCUGGCUUGGGCGGUGGGUUGCGCUGCCUUCGGGCUGCUGGUGAGGCAGAACUCGGCUGAGUGCCGCAUCGCCCGCCAGUACCUCACUCAGGCGGCCGUUUUCGUCUGCGCGCUGGCGACCAUGGCCCUCACGGCGGUCGAAGGGUCGUACAGCGGCUACGUCAUGUUCGCCUGGGUCUAUGGUAUAUUUUGCGGUGGUUACCAUUACUCUUUGAAAAUGUAUACGUACGAGAGGGUACGUUCUCGGAACUUUGCGAGAACUUGGGGUUUCGUGCAGUGCUCGCAGGCUGUGCCUAUAGCCAUCGGAGUACCCCUCUCAGGGUACAUUAACGUGGGCUGCGGUGGUAAAGCGGGGUAUUACUUCAGCUCUACGUGCUCGCUGAUCGGCUCGCUGUCGCUCUUCUGCAUUGACCUGCAUCGACGCAGCGUCGCGCAUAAACACACCAAAGAAAAUGGCGGCACCGCCACAUGUGAAUCCGCUUGCGGCCAAUCACGACGCAGCCGCAGCCGGGAGCGGGAGCCACGGGCUGCCGCAGGUGCUGCCACCGCUUUAGUUCUAGGAGCAGAGUUGGUGGCACCUGGGAGGGCUGGCCGCGACCUCUUGCUGGACGGCAUCGGUCCUGGCAGUCUGGGUUCCCCACCGCCCAAAAUACCGCCAGAGCUCACAUGUAUCAGUGAGGAAGGAGGUCUAGAUCUAGAUCUGGAUUUAGACAUACCAGAACACCUACUGGAGGAUUUGGAUUGCGGUGGUGAUUGUAUCACCAGUUGUAACAAGGUGGAGAACUAUCUCAUGCUGAGCGAGUAUGAGAACAAUUUAAUAGCGGAGCUGCCCAAUUUGAACGAGCGUCGUGGUAGGCGGUGGUCGAUCGUGGUCGGCAACUCCAACUCUCCACAGGCAUCCACCGUCCAAGAGAACCAGUCCACGCCCGAACACCGCAAGAACUCCAUCAAAUGGAAGAAAAAGUGCCAUAACACCAACAACAGACUGAUAACAGUGAUAAACGAGGCGUCGUUA